AUGGCGAAGCGCGCGCGAAGCAUGGCUCUCUACGAGCGCUUCUUAGAAGCCGUAGAACAGAGAUGUAGCGGAGCUCCUGAGGAGGAGGCCGACGCUAUAGCCCUGGCGAAGGGUUUCUUGGCGCAGCACGGUGACAAGGUGGAAGCCGCCUGGCAGCGCUUUGGCGCCAAUGGCAAACUACCACCAGGCGACACCUUGCCUGCGAGCGCCUUCAACGAUUUCUACAAAUGGACCAUGAUGCCUGUGAUCCGGAGAUUGGAAAAGAAAACAGGUCGAAUCCAGUGCACUUUCAGCGCCAAUAUCAGGGACAAAGAGUUGAACGCCGCCCUACUGGACUCGGCAAAGCAAGAUCCUCCGGGCGCGUUGUUCCAAGAGCUGACGAAUGGCCUGAAAGAACUCAGUCAGCGUCACUUUGACGUCCCUCUCUUCCAACGCGCCUGUGAUGACACCGGGCUCAGCUGGGAUGCUGAGACCUUCCGGGAAGUCUGUGGCGCAGAUACCCCGAGGAGCAUGGUCCAAGAGUUGGACUUGGAUCCCAAAGGUACAAGACGUUUGCCGACCAAGCCUUCGGAUGUCUUGGUGCAGGCCUUCAUAGGCGUGGACGUGAAGACAGGCCAGGAGCGACUCUUUGUGGAAGCCACCGGUCCCUGGCAUAGGGUGACGUGGUUGGAGACCAGUAUGAUGCAAGUGAUCUACGAAUCCUUCUUUCGACGAAGGAUGCGUGAGAGGUACGGCGAGGAGGACGAGCAUUGGUAUGCGAAAUGGCUGGCCGAUGCCUUCCUCCGGGGAGCCAGGAGCGUUCUAGCCGCUGGACAAAGUAAGAUGCGCGGCAUCAUUAUGACAGGUCGACGGACUGGCGGUCUGGCGCUGAUGUUGCUGCAGGGAAUGUUCAUCCACUCCAGCCUCAAGGAUGCAGCAGGAAACUGUUUGUCUUUGGGCACUUCGUCAGUCACAGCACACUACUGGUUGAAAGACGCAGGUGUCACAGGUGAGCUCUUGCCGCCCGUGGGUGGCACUCAUGCGCAUGAGCUUUCCAUGGUCAGUUCCGCCGUCUUCGCAGAGUUGGACAACAAAGCAGGAUCAGGAUGGCUUUGGGUCCAAUGUUUGUUCCCACCAAAAAUGGCGUAA